AUGCAACUGGGCUUGCCGACCUCCAGGAGGGGCCUGGAGAUGUUCCAGAAUUAUGGCAGUUCUCCAGAUGACGGAGCUCAGUUCACCUGGAAGAAACGGCAGAGUCAUGAAAGUGACCUCCUGCUGUUCUUGGCAGCGCUGAACGGUGGCAUCUCGACCUACCGGCCCAUGGAAGCGUCACCCUGCGAUACGAAAAACAUGGUGGCGUUUUGUCAGAGGAGAGAUUUCCACCAGAUCCCUUCAGAACUUUACCCAACUGUCCGUAAAAUUGACCUCUCGGAAAACAAACUUCAAAACAUCACCAAGACACCCUUGGCCUUUUACACUUCCCUCUGGUAUCUUGACUUAAGUUCCAAUCGUAUCAGUUACAUCGAACCAGGAAUCUUCUCGGAUAUGACAAGUUUGGUGGAGAUCAGUUUAGCCAACAACCAACUUUACCAGUUGGCUCAGCACAACCUUUGGGUUGGAUUAUUACCCCAGGUCAGAAAAUUGGACUUGUCUCACAACAGCCUGUACAACGGGAUGGCUCAAAGGUUCCUUCACCAAGCGCCAUCGCUUGAAUAUCUUUCAUUGGCCAAGAACAGCAUCACAGAAAUAUCCUGGAGCACCUUUCAAGGGUCUCCGAGACUCGUUGAGGUGGAUCUUCAUAGCAAUAUGAUCAUGGAGAUAGAAGAAGGGGCCUUUGAGAUGUUGUCCCAUCUAUCCACGCUCAACCUCUCCAUGAACUCACUCACCUGUAUCGCUGGUUUCAGCCUAAAACAGCUGCAAGUCUUAGAUCUCAGUCGGAACAGCAUCGAGACCUUCCAUUCUACUGAGUCUAAAGAAGAAUUCAACCUGGUUUGGCUAGAUUUGAGUGAGAACAAGUUACUUCGGUUUCCAGUUCUCCCCCAAGCGAAUAAGCUUUCCUACCUGAAUUUAUCAAAGAAUAUCAUGCAGUUUUUGGUGGACUCUCCUAGUGAUGAUUUGGACUAUGACUGGUCGGAUGUACCUUUUGCUCUUCAGGCUCCAAAUCCAACGAGCAACAAGAGCUCUCCCUCCUUGUCUCAGCUGUUGUAUUUGGACCUGAGUUACAACGAGAUCAAAUCCCUACCGCCCAAAUUCUUUGCAUCCAUGUCCACCUUGCAGUUCCUGAACCUGAGCAAAAACUGCCUCCAGUCAUUCGUGGCGAGUUCUGAGCUGGUUUCGCUGGUCAUCCUCGACCUCAGUUCUAACUCUUUGCAGAACCUGGAAUUUGACGCUGAUGCUCUGAGCAACUUGCGAGAGCUCUAUCUUCAAGAGAACCACCUCCAAGGGCUGCGAUCGGACAUAUUUGCAAGCCUUUCGCAAAUCAGUUUGCUCAACCUCCGAAGAAACCGCUUCAGACUCUGCAGCUUGUAUUCCGGGCUAGCCAAGCGAAGGCUCGCAGGUGAGGAAGAUGGCUGUGUCUCGUUUGUCAACCUUCCCGAACUUCGGUAUUUGAUUCUGGCAGACAAUCAUUUGCGGAGCCUCCCGCUGUAUGUUUUCCACCAAACCCAACUCACGAUGUUGGAUCUCUCUAUCAACAGGGGGCUUCAGAUCGAAGCCAAAUCUUUGUCAGGGUUAGAAAACUCUCUCACACACUUGGAUUUACACAGUAAUGGCAUGACAACUUUAAAUAUCGAUCUGCCUCAUUUUACUCGUCUCAGGUAUCUAAAUCUGUCGGACAAUCAGCUCAGUUGGCUCCCUGCCUGGUCGGAAGACUGUUGUGUCUUGGAAAUUUUGGAUCUGCGGAAUAACAGCUUCAGCAGCCUGAAAAGCAGUGAGAUCCCGGCCUUAGAGAAUACCCUCCAAAACUUGUACCUAGCAGGGAAUCCUCUCAGUUGCUGUGGGAACAUCUGGCUCUCUCACAUGAUCCACAGAGCUACCGUGGCGAUCGCCAAUGUGGACCUCCUCAAAUGCCAGUAUGCCAAGAGUUUUGGGUAUGACGGGGAAAUGGCGGUCAGGAACAUAAAGCCCGAGGACUGUGAGAAAGAGGACCUGAAGAAAAUGAGCGUGCUGAUUUUGCUCGUGGCACUUCUGGCUCUGUCACUGAUUGUCAUCGGCGUGGGCCUCUUCUGUUGCUAUCGUAGACACAAAUUCGGCCGCCAGUUUAAGGUCUAGACUGUUGACUGGGCACCAGUUGAAGGCUGAAACUUCGGGCUGGUUCACCACUGCCUUU